AUUAACUUUGAAAAACAUGAAAUUCCAUGUAAGAACCCCAAUCCAACUGUAGCUGCCCCAGUUACUACCCACCGCCGUUGGAUCCUCCGUUCCGUUCUGUUCCGAUCAACAAAACCCUCACACCUCUCUCCUCCAAAAUUCGGUACUCAAUCGCGAUUUUCAUACAAAGUUUCAAUAAUUUCUGCUUUCAAUUUCUCGUUUUAUUCAACUCCGUGAAUUCCCUUUCUGGUAUAGGUUUUGAGUUUUUAGUUCAAUUUGAUCAAAAUGAUGAGGUUGCAGACAUAUGCAGGUCUUAGUUUAAUUGCCACUUUGGCUGUAACAUAUCAUGCAUUUAACAGUAGAGGCCAAUUUUAUCCGGCAAUGGUUUAUCUGGCAACUUCCAAGAUCAGUUUGGUGCUUCUUCUCAACAUGGCUCUAGUCAUCAUGUGUAGUAUGUGGCAGUUAACUAAAAAGGUGUUUCUCGGCUCUCUUCGAGAAGCUGAGGUCGAGAGGCUUAACGAGCAAGCUUGGAGGGAGGUUAUGGAAAUUCUCUUUGCAAUUACUAUCUUUAGGCAGGACUUUUCUAUUACAUUCCUUGCUAUGGUCACGGCACUCUUGUUUAUUAAGGCUUUGCAUUGGUUGGCUCAGAAGAGAGUAGAGUACAUAGAGACUACACCUUCUGUGUCCGUGUUGUCUCAAGUUCGAAUCGUGUCUUUUUUGGGUUUCCUCCUUCUUCUAGAUGGCACGUUUUUGUAUAGAUCAGUGAAGCAUUUACUAGCAACGCAGCAGGCGUCGGUUUCGCUCUUCUUUUCUUUCGAGUACAUGAUACUAGCAACAACAACGGUAUCAAUUUUUGUAAAAUAUAUUUUCUAUGUCAGUGACAUGCUUAUGGAGGGACAAUGGGAAAAGAAACCAGUCUUCACGUUUUACUUGGAACUUGUUAAAGACUUGCUUCACUUGUCUAUGUAUAUGUGCUUCUUUCUGGCAAUUUUCAUAAACUAUGGAGUUCCUUUGCACUUAAUAAGGGAGCUGUACGAGACAUUUAGGAACUUCAAAAUCCGUGUUGCAGAUUACUUACGUUAUCGUAAGAUCACUUCUAACAUGAAUGACCGGUUUCCAGAUGCAACCCCUGAAGAGCUUAUUGCAAGUGACGCAACGUGCAUCAUCUGUCGUGAAGAGAUGGUUACUGCAAAGAAACUUAUAUGUGGUCAUCUUUUUCAUGUUCACUGCCUCCGAUCAUGGCUGGAGCGGCAGCAUACUUGCCCUACAUGCAGAGCACUGGUUGUCCCAACGGAAAAUGGUAGUACUGCUGCUGGUGGGCAGCAAAGGUCACAGUCAGAUGCUCAUCGGCAUGGGGCAGGCACUGGAAGCUCAGCUCAAACUGAGGUUGGCAAUGGGGUGGCAUGUGAUAAUUUGAGUCGGCAUCAAGCAAGACUUCAAGCUGCUGCAUCAGCAGCUUCAAUAUAUGAGAAGUCUUAUGUUUACCCUUCUCCAACUUUUGCAUGCCCCCCUGGUUACACUCUUCAUCCCAUGGUUCAAAGAUCUGUGGUUGAAUCAUCUAAUGCCAAGAGAGAACAAGUUUCCAGUGAGCAAGAAGCACAAAAGCAGUUUGUGACCCCAGGUGGACCAAUGAAUAUAUCCUCUUCUCCACCAUCCCAAACACAUGCAGCCCACAUGGUUUAUGGAGAGGGAUCCCAGCUGGGAGCUCAAAGGAAACUCCAGAUUGAGAAAGCAAAUGUUGACAAAAAUAUAGGCGAGGAGGACACAUCAUUGUCAGAUAGCAAAGGCAAACAAAUUGCUGCCUCUUCAUCUCUAUCAAGUCAUGAUGAGAGUCAAGACAUCUAAGCAUAAGUUUGUGUUUGUUUAUUGCUACACCAUGCAGUAACUGCCUAAUGUAUAUUCAUAUGAUAUGAUAGAAUAUGAUAGAUUAUGAUUACUCACAACUUGUGAAACCAUAUAACUUGUUUAUGCCUAUAAGUAUGCAGCAAUUUUCUUAAACUAGUCCUAGGCCAAUGAAAGGAGACCAAACAUAUCUUUACCAAACUGAAAGGAUUCUUCAAGACUAAGUUAGAUGAUGUAUACUUUAUAAGUAUUUUCUUAACUAGUUGUUUGUCAUAAUUUUGAAGUUAAUAUAAACACUGCUUCCAUUA